UAUUGUUAGCUUGUUAGCUAGCGGAUGAAGUCGUGAAAUGGAGAUAUGACUGAGUAAUAACAUCUUAUUACAUGUGCACGAUUAAGUUAUAACAACCGUAAAGUGAUGGAGGACGGAAACAGGUCAGAUGCUGCCUCCACAUCCAAGAGCCACGCAGGCUCACUUCACCUGCAAACUCCAAAAAACGAGGACACCUAUGAAAUUGCCAUCCCCUAUGAAGAGAGCAACUUUGAGCAGCAAGGAUUUUUCAACCAGACUGACCAAAAUUUUGAUGAGUCACCCCCAUCUGCUGGCCCGUCUCCUGUCAACAACUCAUAUAUGGUGAUCACUAACCUGCGAACCCAGCUACAGAUCUCUCUGGAGAAAAACUCUUGGCUUCAGAAAAGAAUUGAGGACCUGGAAGAGGAGAGAGACUUCCUCCGUUGCCAGCUGGACCGCUUCAUCUUUUCCACAAAAAGCCAUGGACAAGACCAGAGUCAGAGCCAGUACAGUAACGGUUAUGAGUCUAGGCGAUUCAAUUGGAGGGCAAGAAGAGAAGAAGAUCGUCCUGCUGAACUACAGAAGACGGACUCACAGCAUUUCCCCUCUCGUCAGUUUAUCCAUCGAAGACCUGGUCCUCCAACUAUGGUGCCUUCCAAAAACCACGUCUCAAGUCCCAUAACUAAUCAGCUUGCCUCUAUGAAUGCUUUGUUCAACUCUACGCAAUCCCAGGCCCUCUUGCAAGGCCAUAGCCAUAGUAAUCCAAACACUACAGUCAGUGGUAACAGUGGCAGCAGUAACAGUGCUGCAAGGUCAUCAAUUAAUGAAAUGAGUGGACAUAGCAACGUAGGCACAGAUUCUCUUUCACUCCUGGGAGAAUCUGACGAGUACUUGGAGCAUGACGGUUACCUAGAGGAGGAGGAAUUGAUAUCAAGUGAAGAUGUCAUGCCAGAUACCAUUAACAACAGACACCAAUUAAAGAGAAGGCGGGUCUUACGAGCCCCUAGAGAGCGGCAAAGAGUAAAAGAUGCUGCUGGAGUGCUGUUUCGCUACAAGAAGAUUUUACUUACAUAUCAACGCCUGAAAAAUAUGUCUAAAGCCUUCCAAAUUCAUGGUGUAGACCGCAACACAGUGGCUUCCACCACACCCAUUGCUGAGCUGCUGCUAGUGGCUCCAGAGAAGGUGGCAGAGGUGGGCGAGUUUGACCCGUCCAAGGAGAAGUUGCUGGACUACGCCCGCCGUUGCUACACUGCCCUGGACGAAGAGACGCUCAGCAGGGUGCAGGCCCUGAAGAAGAAUAACCUGCUCCUGCCCAUCUCCUACAGGUUCAGACACUGAAGGGAGAAAGAGGUUUCUCACCUCUGAGGCACAAAGAUGUCCAGAGGCAUAAGGAGUUUAUUGCUCUCUCAGUGCCUGGGACAUGGUCAUGUUAACUGUGGUUGAGGUCCUUUGUUCCUCAGACAAAGAAACUUUUAACAUACCACUUUUUUAAUCAAUAUGAUGUACAGGUACAUGAGUUUCUUCAACACAUCCUCACCGUCGUCCCAAUAACAUUGAGGAAGUUGGGGUGCUUGCUGAGUCAAACACAUAGGUCUCAUUGCUCAAAAAGCAAAGUGGCAUGUUUGCGUGAUUCAGAAUUUUUGGUUAAAGAUCUGUGAACUAGAAUAUGUUUUUGCCGUUAGGAUUAUAGAGGGGAUUGCUUUUCCUUGGUGCUUAAAUGAGUUUAACCAGCUUGGCUCAUUUUAUGUUUCAGCUGUUAGGUUUCCUGGAGUUCAGUAAUUGAUUGUUGAGAUAAUUUCAGUUCCUGACAGCCUAUAUGAUUUUUAAACAUAUAGCAAUUUGUGUCACUUUAUUUGUGUGCAAUCCUAUAAAAUAUUGUAGCUGUCAAUCAUAAUCAUGUCUGUGUAUGUUAAAAUUAUACAGCACAGCAUUGAUUUUGUGGUAUUAAGCCAUUCUUUUAAGAAAUCACGACCAUUUCCAUGUGAUUAAAUUGUUCUAUGUGUAUUUGCCGUAUUACUUUUGUCAUUAUAUCCUCAACUAUUUUCACUUGCCUUAAAGCAAAUUUUAUGACGGCUUUGUAUGAGAGAUGCAACAGUUUUGGGUCACUUUCACUCUGAACACUCAUUGAAUUAGACUUCGGGAGUAAUUUUUUUUUCUCCUUCCCUUUCUGUAUCUCAAGGUUUAAAGGAGGAGAAAAUUCUUAAAGAGAAGGAAACAGAUACAGUCAUGAACUGACAAUAGGAGAGACUAGUCUGACGUUAUGUGGUGCAAACGCCUUUUUACUUUAACAUACUUCUGGCAACACAAGACACAGUUGUUUUUAAUUUAAUACAGAUUAAAUACAGCCACAGACAUGUUGGUGAUAUUGUAUGUGUUUGACUUGUAAUAAUAUCGCCACCUGUUGGCCUUGGGUCCAGAUUCAACAACACUACUGCUGCGUUACUGUGUUCCACUAAGGGUCGCACCAAACCUUUCUGUGAAUUACCUGCACUACAAUACGGUAUAUGUCACUUCUUAUGCUUCUGGUAUUGAAGCCCUUGUAAUGCUUUUGUGACAAUAAUACCUUUUGUAAAAUAUGGUACGGAGCAUUUACAAUGAUAAACUGACUAUUUGUAACAUUGUGUAACUUCUAGUUCUGUGUGAAAAAUUAUGGACAUUAAUCACACAAACAAUUUUACAAUGAGAGCUUCAGCAAAAGCAACUAGCUUGUACACAGGGAUGAUCUAUUAUUGCUUCCUAAUACUCUACUACAAAUGCAUGUGAAAAGAGUUCUUCAAUGGUCUGUAGUUUAUAGAGGUGUUGUCGAAAUUCAUAUUAAUUCAAAGCAGCAAACAUGUUGAUAUAUUGUAUGAUAAUGUGUUGUGUUUAUACUGGUACAGUGAAAUAAUUAGAUCCCCUAUAUUAAAACAGAUUUGGUUAGAGUGGUAUACAGUGACUCUUGGUGUAAAUUAACCUAUUUUGAUAAAAGUAAACAAAUAGGUACUCCAACCUGUGGAACUAACGACAAUUACACUGUCUUGUUAUUUCUAUGGUUAAAAACAAGAAUUGUAAGCUAAGGGUGCUGGAGACUUAGCAAAAUCACAUGAGGGUGCAGUAUUUUAAAAACCUAUUUGUCUAAUUUUUAUCUCAUGUGUUAAAAGUGUAUUUCACUGAAGCCAUACCUAUCAUUCACCAACUGCACAUUUAGACUGAAAUGUUAUUAAAGCAUAUGAUUUCUUACAAAAAUUUGUAAAAUCCACUAAUUGAAGAAAUAGUUAUGAUUCACCGCCUGUACUAUUGAUACAGACAUGUAU